AGCCAAUCAAACAGCCACAUUGACAAACAAGCACCGCCUACUUUCAUAUUGCAAUGAGCUUUGUUCAUUCAAUUGCUACUAUGGUAUAACUGCAUAUUUGAUGUGUCUGUAAUAUUGGAAGUAUGAAAGCUUGACUUCCAGUACAGGGAAUAAUCGGUUACAUCAGAGUGCAAAGCAUAUUGAUCCCAAAGACGAAAGGACACAAAGAUAUUAAUUACACAUCAUUGCAAAUUCAUCUGGCUGUCUUCAUUCCAUUGGCAGCAUGCUUUCACACGAACAUGAAUAGUUGCAAUAUGCAAAUGAACAAUUAUUCAAAAAAGCUUGGCUCUGAACAUUUGCAUACGCCUUGAAUGAAGAUAGAUGCUGGGGGUAUGUUAGAAGUAUAUGUAGUGUGUUUGACAAAGAUUGUUGCAGAAUAAUGUAACAACAUUUGCAAUUAAAGAUGUUUCAAAAGAAUGACCACUCCCUUGUCAUGUGAUGAUGUCUGUUGAAUUGAGUGUUUGGAAGCAUCAGCAAAACAUUGAAUGGGAGAAAUGACGUGCCUGCUAAGAAAGAAAUACACAUCUUUAUUGGAUUGGGAAUUGUCAGUGUAUUAGAUUGUGUUUUUUCUUAGCAGAAUUCAAUGGGAGAAUGAUAAAUAGGCUGGAUUAAAGUUGGCAGUGACAUGAACAAAUUGGAAGAUUUUCUGAGAAAAUGAAAUAGUUGAAGCCAAGUUAUAAAAUGUGUAUGUAUUGAAUUUAUUAAAUAUCUUGUAUUAAAUAAAAUAAAUAAUACAUGAUAGAACAUUGAUGAUAUGAAGGGAAAAUGUAUCGAGCAAUAUUGAGAAAAAUCUAGCUGUACCAGGAUUGAACAAAGAAAUGUCUGGAACUCAAUAUAGCUUUCUUGUCUGGGUUGCGUAAUGAAUGUGAUAGAAUGUCCAUGCUUAUAAGUUAAUAUGACAUUGAAUCAAACAACUGGUAGUUAGAGAAGUUGAUUGGAAAUCUUGAUAAAGCACAGACUGUAUCUAUCAAGAGUAGUUAAAUCUUAAAAGAUUAUCUAGGAAAUCUCAAAUAACACAUGGUGUUAAUUUAAAGCAAACUUUUUUUCCUUCAACAUUUAAUUUCACACCCAAUGCGAAAGGGAUUGGUUUGAAAAAUGUUUUAAAUUUUGAAAUAUUUGUACAUGAUAUUGUAACCACACACAUACAUGUAUUACAUGUACAUUAAUGUUGUGAUAUGUAAAAAGGUGUGAAUGAAAUAACUGACAUUCUUAGGCUAAAGGGGAACAUAAAGCAGAGAUCAAGUACUUACCUUAGAUCUGACUUGAUAAACUCUCAUUUCCAUCAAGACAUCAUUAAUUACAGCCAUGCUUGGGUGAAUGUGUUAACUCUUUAUUAUAGUACAUUAGUGGCAUACCUGAACACAAAUAUGAUACCAACUGAUGACCGACUUACUGAUGACCGACUUAUGGAUGAGAAAAUUUACUGAUGGCAGAUUAAUUUUCACAGAAAGCAGUUUCAGCACCCCAGCUUUUUUUGCAAUAUUGAUCAAUAUACGGUAGUUUGUAUGAACUAAGAAAAGCAAGGUCCUCGAUGAUUCACUCAUGACUGUUGAACUUUGAGAUACAAUAUUAUAUUGAUCAUACCCAUUUAUUAUCGAGUUGUGUAAUUUUAAAUUAUUCAGAUGGUUGGGUGUCAGGUUGUAAGACUGCACUUCAAGGAUUAGUCUGACUGUGAAUUAUUUAUACUAUUUCCCUAUGAUAACUUUCUCACAGUUAAACUGUUUGUUGCUUCUGUGAAACCUAAGCUUUGACCUUUUUACAACAUGAUUGUAAGAAAAAAAAACUUUGAACAUUGUUGAUGGAAAAUUAAUUGGAUUAAGCAGUGUCAGAUGUCAACAGGUGUUUCAAACAUGGAGAGGGGAGUAAUAAUACACUGAGCUUGUUGAAUGCUAUAAAUUGAAGUGGGUACAAACACUGAAGAACAAAAAUGACGGCCUGUCUACUGAAAGAAAAACGCUUCUUCUGCAGGGAAUGGGCGUUCAGUAAAAUAAACCAUUGUCUUGAGAACCGCCCCUCAGCCAAGACGAGUGGGGCGCUAAUAAUGGGAGGACCUGGGUGUGGGAAAACAGCCCUGUGCUGCGAACUUGUCUGGCCAACCAACCCAGGUGGGAAGCAGAUAUCUCUGAGCAAGCGGCUACUCAGUUACCACUUCUGUCAGGCACAUGAUAUACAAUCAUUAUCAGUACCUGUAUUUAUACAUAACAUGGUGGAGCAGUUAAUGUGUUCUGAUUUGAUGUCUGGUUACAGUGACAUCGUAAAGUCAACUGGUAUACAGAAAUUAUUACACAACCGAAACUUUGACACAAAUUUAGAUGAACUCUUCAAAGAAGCUGUGAUUUUUCCCUUGUCAAAUAUGGAUCCUCCUGAACAAACUAUGUUUAUGCUGGUUGACUCGAUUGAUGAGUCUUAUUUACACGUAACAAAUGAACACGAUGAUUGCAGUAAAACAAUCGCAGAACUUCUUGCCAAGCACCAUGCCAUGCUUCCAAAAUGGCUUUUACUGGUGUGUUCCUCGCGUAAGCAAAACAAGACAAUCAGUAGAAUGUUCACCGGUUUUAGGAAAAUAAGUAUUGAUGAUUUGCGCAAGACUCAUGUUGUACGCGAUGUCCAGCAAUAUAUUCUGUGUCGUCUUGACCAGGAGGAGGAGUUACGCCAGCAUCUGAGUCGAGAGACAGCUGAAAUGCUUAACCAGCUGCACAUAAAAAGUAACGGCUGUUUUUUGUAUCUGGAAAAGGUAUUAGAUGGAGUAGCUGAAAGUUUCAUCAUGUUAAGGGAGAUACGUGAGAUUCCAGGUACAUUGAAUGGACUGUACCUAUGGUUAUGCCAGAGGCUUUUUGUGAGAAAACAGUUCAGCAAAGUGAAAGCAAUUCUAGAAGUUAUUUUGGCCGCCAGACAACCACUGACUGAGAUUGAGUUAUUUGGCUGUGCGCAAAUUAAAAACACUGUGCUCUUAAAAGAGGAAUUUGAGAAACACAUGAAAUUGCUCUCUAAGAUUUUAAUAACUUCCACAGAUGGCACAAGGAUCGUAUUCCAUCAUAGUUUUGCUGAAUGGUUAUUAGAUGUGAAACAUUGUACUCAGAAGUAUUUGUGUAAUGCAUCAGAAGGCCAUGGUAUGCUGUCACUGUACGCAACCUUACAUGGAUCAAAGCUUUCUCCAGGUGAAGUGCAGAAUUUUGCAGCACAUAUAGUGAAAAGUAACCUUCAUACUUCCAUAGAUCACAAUCACCUGGUACAGUGGUUGUUAUUAUCUGGUGCCAACGUGGAAAAAUGUUUGUGUGUUGGAUUUGCCAAAGACCAGAAAGUGUUGAAGUUAUUACUGGAUGCAGGGGCAGAAAUGCCCAGUGAAUCGAACACUGAUGCUGCGAGUAUGAAAGAAAGUUUGACCCUUGAAUCUCAAAUACAAUCACCAAAAAUUAGUGAAAAAGAUAUAGAUGACAAUAUUGACCUAACUGAUGCAAAUGGGAGAACUUUACUUCAUAAGGCUGCAUAUAAAGGCGAUCUUCAUUUAGUGCAAUUACUGUUACUCAAAGGUGCCAAUAUUGAGGCCUUAGACAAGUCUAAUCAAACGCCUUUAAAUCUAGCUGCAAAACAAGGCUUCUCCGAGGUUGUUUCAGCCCUUGUUGAGGUCGGGGCCCUUGUAGACCAUACUGACGAGGAGGGUUGGACUGCCCUGAGGUCGGCAGCAUGGGGAGGUCACACAGGGGUUGUGGCGGUGCUUUUGUCAGCAGGAGCUAACGUGAACUGUGCUGACAAUGACCAUAGGACUGCGCUCAGAGCAGCUGCUUGGGGCGGCCAUGAGGACAUAGUGGUGAAACUCUUAGAAAGUGGUGCUGAUGCUAAUAAAGCUGAUAACGAGAAAAGGACUGCUCUUAUAGCUGCAGCCUAUAUGGGACACACUGAAAUUGUGGAACAUUUGCUGAACAGAGGGGCCAACAUUGACCACGAGGACUGCGAUGGGAGGACAGCAUUGUCUGUGGCGUCACUGUGUAUUCCCGCUAGUAAAGGUCAUGAGCGGGUUGUGAGUCUGCUCCUGGAGCGUGGCGCCAAGGUCGACCAUCAGGACAAGGACGGACUCACACCUCUGCUGGUUGCUGCGUAUGAGGGCCAUCAAGAGGUCUGUGAGAUGCUUCUUGAAUGGGACGCAGAUGUCGACCACAGCGACAAAAAUGGACGCACACCACUUCUAGCUGCAGCGUCCAUGGGUCAUGAAAACAUUGUACGACAGCUGCUCUUCUGGAAUUCUGCUGUGGAUACCAUAGACUCAGAGGGACGGACUGUUCUAAGUAUUGCGGCUGCACAGGGCAAUGCGGGCAUUGUAAAGCUGCUACUGGAACGAGGUCUGGAUGAGAUGCAUAGGGACAAUGCAGGGAUGACGCCCUUACAUAUGGCGGCUUACGAGGGACAUAAAAGAAUUGCCAGUCUACUGAUAGAGCACCUGGCUAAGGUCAAUGAGAUAGACAAUGAGGGACGAAUCCCCCUGCACCUUGCUGCUCAGGAAGGCCACCUGCCUGUGGUAGAGAUCCUUGUAGAGAAACACUCAAAUGUUAACCAGCGGUCACAUGACGGCAAGACGCCACUACGCUGCUCUGCUAUGGAGGGUCAUAAGCAGGUCGUGGAGUAUUUGUUGAGUGUGAGCGCAGAUAUCAAUUACUGUGAUGCCGACGGGCGCUCAACGCUGUAUGUGUUGGCCCUUGAGAACAAGCAUGAAAUGGCUGAAGUGUUGAUUAAGCGUGGUGCAGUGUUGGACUCUGUGGACCUAGAGGGCAGGACUGCCUUGCAUGUGGCAGCAUGGCAAGGUCACUAUGAAAUCAUUAAUUUGAUAUGCAGAUUGGGUGCGGCUGUGGAUGCUGUAGAUAAUGAUCGGAGGACGGCCUUGCAGACAGCUGCCUGGCAGGGACAUCACCGGGUGGUGCAAUACUUGCUGGACAGUGGAGCAUUGGUGGACCACACAUGUAACCAGGGUGCAACUGCCUUGUGUAUAGCUGCCCAGGAGGGCCACGAUACGGUGGUGCGUGUUCUGCUACAGUACAAGGCUAACCCUAACCAUGCCGAUCAGUACGGGCGGACACCCAUGAAAGUCGCUCUAAAAAGUGGUCAUAUAAAUGUGAUAAAACUGUUGGAAGAGUAUGGGGCAGUAGUGCCAUCUGGAUGUAAAAGUAGGAGCUCUUCAUCAACCUCGUGUAACAGCACGGAAACGAGGCCUUGUGCACCUGCAUCUGAGACUGCCAUAUUGACUGUGCACUCUAGCGUGACUAUUUCUUCCAAUGCACCAGCUGUAAUCAAUGGUACCCUGUUCUCAAAUUCACCCUCGGAUUCUCCAGAUUCCACUUCGGAUCGCAGGAAGUCAGUCCUUUCUAAUAACUCUUCAAAAUCGUCAAGUUAUUUAACAAGCUCAACUAAUCAAAGUUCAUUAAGUAGUGCAAUGACAUGCUCCCAAACGCAGGCCACUGACAGUGACUGUAUGACUUUUACCCAGCAACUGCAGCAGUGCUCCAUGUCUAGGAACCGAACUCGGCCUAUCAGUCGACUGCUUUCGCCAGUCAGUGAGCCCCACAGUCCCGUUCAGUCACCGGAUGGAUCACCAAUGGUGACCGUAAGACCCAAGUGCCUUCUUAGUGGCCUUACAAUAGCAUCCAACAGUCAAAACGUGCCAAAUAAGAACAAUGAAAGCAGUUUUAACAAGCUUAAACUGUCUGCCAAUAUCAACAUCACGAUGAACCCGUACAACGCCGACAUAAGUGACGAGGAGGUGUGGAAGGUGAAUCCCUUCCAUCCAAACACAGGUCUGAAAACUGGCCUUCAACUGCUGGAGAGCCAGAGAAAGAAGACUCCUGAACAGCCCUCAAAACCUUUCAUGGGGCAGAGCGCCCUGGAAAUGAGAUCCCCGGAGAUGAGACGUAAGCGCAACGGAAUCGUAACCAAUCCGAACCACAAGGCAGCCAAAGGUGGCAUCAACUCUAUAGGCCACAUGAAAAAGCUUGCCCAGCUGGAGAACAGCCACAGGGGCGACAGUCAGUCCCUGACCAGCAGCGAUGGCAGCCUCCCGCACAACAGCACGGCCUCUAUGAACGGGUCUGGGGACAGACGAGCCUGCGCAGUGCGACCUAACGGCCUCCCUUUGAAGAAGGAGACUCCUUUGUAAGGACACAAAAGCCAACAGACUCUUUCUGUUGCUGAAUAUGAAGCAUGCUCCAAAAUGGCAGACUUUGUCUCUCCACAAUAAUGGAUGUGAUGGUUGUGGAUUGCAGAGUACCUGUUGGAAAAAGAAGUCCCCUCAUACAUCACUAUGGGCAACCAGAACUUCAUCAGGAGUAGUUCGAAACUAUCAUGUAUAGGCUCAAUUGUUCCAUUCUUGAUGUCAAUGUGCAAGUGCUCAUUUAUUUGCUUGAACAAAAACUGCAUUUAAAAAAAUGAAAUUUCUUUUUCAAGCCUCUGUGUUUGAUGAUUUAAUAAAAUAUGAAAUUAAUUUAAGCAUCACAAAUUGCUUUUUUGAUGGCGGUAAUUAUUUUUCUUAAUGCUAACACAUUUGCCGUAAAAGAAAUUGUAAGACAGUAAUUGUGCUAGUUUUAAAAACAAGUCUCGCUGUAAGAAUUUUUGUAGCAUAAGUAAGAAAUGCAUAUACCAUUUAUUUCUGAAGAUUCUGCUGACAAUUCAGUGACAAUGGAUGGGAAAUGUUGUAUGUUGUUGAUGGCAACAUUGAGUGAAUUCAUACUAGUAACCCACCAUAUGCCCAGUAUUUUAAAAACAUGCAGGAAAAUCUUGUACAGUAUUGUGAAUCUAUUAUUGUCCAUGCUGUUUGUCAAUGUAAAUACCAUGGAGGGAAUCCGUGCUUUGAAAUAUGGUAGCCUGCAAUCAGUGCAGUGGCACGGUGAUAUCAUAUUUUGUACAAGUGUACAGAAUAAGUGUUUUAUUUGAACUUUGUUCUGAGAAAGCAGGGGUUUAUGCAUGGGCUUAAAGUGUUGUCCCAUAUUAUCCUGUGCAGACUGCACAGACUAAUCAUGGACAACACUUUAUGCCUAAACAGGAUUUUUUCUAAAAAGUUACUUCCUUUUGACAAAAAAUAAUGUUAAAGCCAAAAGUCUUGGCCCUGAUUGGCCUGUGCAGACUGCACAGACUUAUCUGUGACAACACUUUACAUACAUGCACUUAGCCCAGUUUUCCCAGAGCUUAGCUCAUUUCCAUUAUGUUAAGCAAGUGCUGUUUUUUGUUCCCUGAUAAACUACAGAUUGUGUAUUGAUUAAUCUAGUCCUGUCUGUUGUCCAAUUAUGUAUAUAUUGUACAACUGGGUACUUCAGUUUCCCAUGUGUUUAUGGUUGUUCAGUAAUGUUUGUUGUAGAAUAUGAGUAAUUGUACAUCAAACAUGCCUGAAUGUGCAGUCUGGUGUUUUUAGCUUGCAAUUUUAGACAUACUUUAUAUCAGAACUAGAGCUUUUUUCGGAAUUAUACAUAUUAUAUAUAGUUUAAAACCUGUUAAAUUAUGUUCAAGGAAUGUUUGAGCAUUUAUAAAGGCUAAGAUGCUUUUUUUCUUUGCCGAUUGUAACCUUAUACAUAUUUUUUGCUUGACUAUUCACCAAAUGGUCUGAGCUAUCCUCAACCAUAUUUGGCAUCUGCAUCAGGUUGCUAUAGUUUUCUGUAUUUUAUAGCUCACAAUCAGACCAUCCUUGCAAAGUUCAUAAAAUCCCCUUAAUUAAUUUGUUAACAAUUGAAAAUCUAAUUUCUUGGUACAGUUACAUUUCUGGUUUUAAUUUUUUAAUAUUUAUGUUUAUAGUAAGUUUCCAGAUUAUAUUUAACUACUACAGAUAUUGAACUCCAAAUUUGUGGUCUUUAUAUUAAGUGACUGACAGAAAACACAACUAUGGAAGCAAUAAAAAGUCAAGCGCACUGUCUUGGAACAGUUCUUGUAUUUUGUUGAGGUACUAUUUUACAUUUUUCAUAGAAAUCCAUACUUUUUAUUCACGUAUUUAGUGCAUUUAUUCCUGUCAGUUAGUUAACUGUUGGUCUUUUCUUUCAGUUUGAACCUUUUGUAUAAUGCAUUUACUUACAAAUCAAAAUGUUUUUAUGUCCCCGAAGGAGGGCAUAUAGUGCUCGAACCGUCCGUCCUUCCGUCACACUUUGCGUUUAGGUUUCAAAAAAUGCUCAUAACUUCUAUGUCCUUUCAGAUAGCAACUUGAUAUUUGGCAUUUUGAGUGCUGAAAGGUCAAGGUCAUCCUUCAAGGUAAAAAAAACAAAAUCAAAGCGGCGCAUUAGGGGGCAUUGUGUUUCUGACCAACACAUCUCUUGUUUAUUUCAGUGUUACAGUUAAAUAUUACAGGAUAUCUGCAUGCAUGUAUACUAGUUCAUGGUAUGUAGUAUGUACAUUUAAAUGUUAUUUGGAAUUUCUCACAAUACUGCUUCAGUGACACAAAUGUAUGCCAGGAUUUUCAUUUCAAAACUAAUUAAUAAAGUGUACUAGAUUCACCGAGAUGCUUUCUGGCUUAUUAUUAUCUUCACAGUAUCAUAACAAACAUGCAGUCCUCUUUUGUGCGUAACCUAAAGAUAACUAUAUAUUCCUGUAUGUAAAACUAAUACAUGAAGAUGGAUAUCAUAACUGAAAAAUGAUCAGGAUUGGUUUUCACAAAGAUUGUUACAUAAAUAACUUUAACUCAAUUUAAAUGACAAAAAUGCUCUGUGUAUCUAUUGUAUUACUGCUGAUAUAUAUGCAAAACCAAUAUGACUAUUAUGACUGUAUACAACAUACUGAUAUAUGUGAUGUAUUCUGUUUAAUAUGAAAAGAUUUGAAUCUGUGUAGACAUCCUUUAAAUUGGAUUUUGCACUGUUUUUUGUGCCAUUGUUCUCAUUCCAAUUUUAGUUUUGGUGCAGUUGGUGUUUAGUUAGCAUUAUUCCCUAUCUGAUGGUUACAAUCAAAGGUGUUGUGAUUUUGCAUUUCAAUUUCAUGUUUUCAUGUCGUCAAAUAGACAAUUUUGCUGCUAUGUUUUUGCAAAUUAUGACCUGUAUGUUGUUUUUUAUGAUAAAAAAAUAAUCCUUA